UGACCACCUUCCACACUGCUGGCCACUCAACCAUGAGACCUCAUUCCUGCCUGUCUGUCCUCUUCCUCUUUGUAAUGAUAAUGCCGAAAGGAGAGGCUGGUUUUCUCCCAGGGGAAAAGCAGUGCAUUUUUCUGAAAGGGAUAUGCAAAGACAUAGCAUGUACAUCCACGGAUGACACCAUCGGCGAAUGUAACGACGAGAAGAAGUGCUGUAGGAGAUGGUGGGUGCUUGAGCCCUACCCAACACCCAUUCCCAAAGCGAAGUCUCCUUAGACUGGAGACAACUGCAAGUCCUUCCAACUCCGGCAAGCAUGGACAAGCUUUGCAGACUUCUGCUUAACCACACUCACCUUCUCUCUUGUCUGCAAAU